UUCUCAUUCUCAUUCUCAUUCUCUUUGGUAGAGCAAGGAAGGAGUCAUCAUGAUGUUCUGGACAUCCUUGUUUUUUGUGGCGUUCAUGGCAACAAGCUCAAUUGCUUCAAUGGGCAAACAGACAUACAUAAUCCAGAUGGACAAGACCAAAAUCACAGCGUCAGAAGAUGCCAAACAAUGGUACGAAUCAGUGUUUGAUUCCAUGUCUGAAGAAGAAGAAGAAGAAGAAGAAGGAGCAUCACCCCUUGAGCUUCUUUAUAUCUACGACACCACCAUUUCUGGUUUUGCCGCCCAGCUCUCCACCAAACAGCUCGACUCCUUGAAAAAGCUCAACGGCUUUCUCUCCGCUAUCCCCGACGAAAUGCUAAGCCUCCACACCACGCACACCCCUCAGUUUUUCGGCCUACAACCUGGCAAAGGACUUUGGGCCGCUCCCAGCUUGGCUUCAGAUGUGAUCAUAGGCGUCGUGGACACGGGAAUCUGGCCUGAGCAUGUCAGUUUCAAGGAUUCAGGCAUGCCCCGGGUGCCCUCUCGCUGGAAAGGCGCUUGCGAGGAAGGCACAAGCUUCUCUGUGUCAAAUUGUAACAAGAAACUAAUUGGCGCAAGAGCCUUCUUCAAAGGGUACGAGGCCAUUGCUGGAAGAAUCAAUGAGACUGUGGAUUAUCGAUCCCCUCGGGAUUCCCAAGGCCACGGCACGCACACUUCUUCAACUGCUGCUGGAAAUCUUGUGCGCCGUGCAAGCCUUUUCGGCCAAGCAAAGGGCUUUGCCGCUGGGAUGAGGUAUACAUCAAGAGUUGCAGCUUAUAAAGCGUGUUGGCAAGCAGGCUGUGCAAAUUCUGAUAUAUUGGCAGCCAUGGACCGUGCUGUUGGUGAUGGAGUCGACGUGCUGUCACUCUCUUUAGGAGGCUUCCCCAGGCCAUAUUACAGUGACAUUGUUGCAAUAGCCGCAUUUGGAGCAAUCCAAAAUGGGGUUUUUGUCUCUUGCUCCGCAGGCAAUUCAGGCCCUUCUAGUUCUACUGUGGGCAAUACCGCACCAUGGAUCAUGACCGUUGCUGCAAGCUACAUCGACCGGAGCUUUCCAACAAAAGUGAAGCUUGGGAACGGGAAAACAUUUGAAGGGUCAUCUUUGUAUUCUGGCAAGCGAACUAAGGAACUGCCACUUGCAUAUGCAAACACUGCAGGCGGCCAAGGCGCAAGGUUUUGUAUAGAUGGUUCCCUCUCGCCAAAUCUUGUAAAAGGAAAGAUCGUCGUUUGCGAGCGAGGAUUAAGUGGCCGGACGCAGAAGGGAGAGCAAGUGAAAAGGGCAGGAGGGGCUGGAAUGCUAUUGCUCAACACAGAAGAUGAAGGUGAGGAGCUUUUUGCUGACCUUCACAUUUUGCCAGCCACUUCUUUAGGAGCUUCUGCAGGUAAAGCCGUCAAGAACUAUGUCAGCUCGGCGAAAGCCCCAUCAGCGUCGGUGGUGUUCAGAGGAACGGUUUACGGCAACACUGCACCAGCAAUGGCAGCAUUUUCUUCUCGAGGACCAAACUCAGUUGGACCGGAUGUGAUCAAGCCAGACGUGACUGCACCAGGUGUAAACAUAUUGGCUGCUUGGCCGCCCAAGACGAGUCCAUCCCUGCUCGAGGGCGAUAAAACAAGUGUCCUUUUCAAUAUAAUUUCAGGGACUUCCAUGUCUUGUCCUCAUGUUAGUGGCUUAGCUGCUCUUCUUAAAUCUGUACACAAAGAUUGGUCAUCUGCAGCAAUCAAAUCUGCUCUAAUGACAACAGCUUACACAGUAGACAACAAACAGGGUCCGAUGACAGAUGUUGGUUCUAAUACCUCUGAACCUGCCACACCUUUUGCAUUUGGUUCAGGCCAUGUUGAUCCACAAAGUGCUUCUGAUCCAGGGCUAAUCUACGACAUCACACCCGAGGACUACCUUAAUUACUUGUGCAGCCUGAAUUACAACUCUUCUCAGAUAGCUUUGUUGUCAAGGGGGAAUUUCACUUGUCCUCACAAAGCAGUUGUUGAGCCUGCUGGCAACUUGAACUACCCUUCUUUUGCUGUGAUUUUGGAUAAAAAUGCCCCAGAAAAUGUGGCAUACAAGAGGACAGUGACGAAUGUUGGGACCCCAACAAGUACAUAUGUGGUGAAAGUGGAUGAACCAGUUGGAGUAUCAGUGAUCGUUGAGCCAAGGAGUUUAACUUUUGAAAAAUUGGGUGAGAAGUUAAGUUACAGUGUGAGGUUUACUGCAUUGGGUGGAACAAAAAUUUCUGCCAAGUUUUCUUUUGGGUCUUUGAUUUGGAUGUCUGAGUUAUACACAGUAAGAAGUCCAAUAGCAGUAACUUGGCAAUGAUUUUGAAAUUGGAACAACUUUUUAAAGGUGGAAGUAUUUGAAGAAGAAACAAGAAGUACUUGGUGAAAUUCACCAAAAGCUUUAUUUGUUGAAAUUGCAUGCAUGAUCAUAUUAUAUGUGCUUAGAGCAGAGAAACCUUGUGGAAGAAGCAAGAAUUACAGUAAAAUGAAAGAAGCAAUGAAAAAUUAUAGGAUGGAAGAAGUGAUUCUUG